CUGGGUCCUUGAAUCUUAGGGUUCCAUUGUCGGUCACCUAUACUCGUUUUAACUGUGGUCUUUAGCUCUGGUGUAUACCGGGAUACAGAUCCGAAAGGCAAGCCACCAUGACCGCCCACCCAACCUGGGACUUUAUCAUUGUUGGAAGCGGCCCUGCGGGCUCCACGCUCGCCUCGAAGCUCGCCCUCAGCGCCGCGCAACCGCGCAUCCUCCUCCUCGAAGCCGGCCAGCGUAAAGACGACCGCACCCUGCGCGUCUCCGGGAACAGAUGGACGACUUUCCAGGAAGCCGACAUUAACUGGGGGUACAAGACCACGCCGCAGGAGCACUGCAACGGGCGGGAGAUCGACUACAGCCGUGGAAAGGUGCUCGGCGGCGGCUCGGCCAUCAAUUUUGGAAUCUACACCGUCGGCGCCAAGGAUGACUAUGACGCCUGGGCGGAGAUCGUGGGCGACGAUCUCUUCAACUGGGAGAACAUGAAGGAGCGGUUCAAGGCGAUUGAGAACUUCGACACAUCGAUCAAGAACGAGGCGUACCGGUCGUUUGCCGCGCCCAAGAGUGAGGACCACGGGCGAGACGGGGCGCUGAAACUGAGCUACGCCGAAGAGUGGGAGGAGGAUCUGCCGCUCGUAAUGGAUGCCUUUAGGCAGGCGGGCGUCAAGUGGAAUAUGGAUCAUAACUCGGGCGACCCGAUCGGUGUUGGGUUGGCGAUCAACUCGGUCCACCGGGGUGUCCGUAGCACGGCGAGCGAUGUGAUUGAUGACACGCUGGCGAAGCGGGCGGAUAACCUCGAGGUCCGCACAGGAAUGACGGUUCGAAAGGUGGUUUUCGACGGCGACAAGGCUGUCGGCGUCCAGGUGGGAGACGAAGUUUUCUACGCCAGCAAAGAGGUCAUCCUCUCUGGCGGCUCUCUCGACACGCCGCGCAUUCUUAUGCACUCCGGCAUUGGGCCGGCAGACCACCUCAAAGAAUUCGGCAUCCCCGUCUUUAAGGACGUGCCCUGCAUCGGCCAGGGGCUGCGAGACCACCCCUUCGUCCCGAUCUGCUACCUCCGCAACCCGUCCACAAACGACCGCAAUGCGUUCUACGGCUCGCAAGAAGCCAUGGACGCCGCAAUGAAACAGUGGCUGGUCGACGGAUCCGGACCUUGGGCACGCCAUGGCGCCCAGCUGAUGAUGGGCUGGCUGAAGAGCGAUGCGGUGACCAAGUCUGCCGAGUUUGCCGCGCUACCAAAGGACGUCCAGACUUUCUUGAACAGACCAACAGUCCCUCACUAUGAGGUCUCGGCCGGGUUCCCGCUGCAUAUGCUGGCGCCGGAACUGACCAAGGACUACAGCUAUGUCUGUCUUCUUGCCUUCCUGAUGAACGAGCAGAGUGCCGGCGAGGUCCGACUGCAGUCGUCCAACCCUGAAGUUCCCUUGCUCUUUAACGCCAACUUCAUGGCGCACCCGUACGAUCGUCGUGUCUGCGUCGAGGCUGUUCGGGAAGUUUUGGCUGUGACGAACCACCCUGCCUUUGCCAAAGAUACCGUGAACAUGAUCCUUGGCCCCAAGUCCGACAGCGAAGAAGAUAUUUUAGACCACUGGAGGAACACGAUCGUCUCGUCCUGGCAUAUGACGGGGACGGUCAAGAUGGGCAAGCGGGGCGAGCAGGACGCGGCGGUGGACAAGAGCUUCAGGCUCAUGGGAGUGGACGGACUGAGAGUGGCGGAUAUGAGUGUCGUCCCCGUCCUGGCAAACAACCACACCCAGGCCACGGCGUACGUUACGGGCUCGACGGCGGCGGACGUGUUAAUCAAGGAGUAUGGGCUGGACUCGACCGUGAGCAGGCUAUGAGUUUUGAUAUGUUGUACUAGAUAAUCCGUUCAUAAAAGAAGUUAGGCAACGAUGAUCAUGUCUUAUUA